AGAGAGAUAGGUAUAUAUCCAACAUCACUGGAAGCUGUGCCGGAGGCUUUUUCUCCAUCUCUCUCUCUCGUCCGAUAUAUUCCAACCUAUACCCUUUGCUCUACGGAGGCACUUGAGGCACUUUUUUCCAGCUAAAAAAGAAAAAAGAAAAAAGAGGUGGACCCCAUCAUGCAGCAGCAGCAUCUGUCCAGUGCUCCAGGCAUCUCCUAUAGGAUCCGCCAGCUAGGCACCGCAGCUUUUCAAAGACGUUCAGUCUCCGUCGAGCGUCCGUCCGUGAAACGUGCGUGUCGUUUUGACACUUGCGUCAGCUCAUUUUCAACAUUUUCGAAAUUGUUUUUAACCGCAGAAUAAAGAAACGGAUUUUCCCUCAAUAAUGGACUGCUGCUGCCGGUGUUGAUUACUGGAUGAUUAUUGAAAUUUUCCAGAUAGUAUAAUUAGAAAUUUCAAAUAAAUUUUCAAAUAAAAAAAGGGACGGACGUAGUGGAUCAAAAAGUCCGGGCAACAACAUGCAGGUGGAGAGAAUGAUCGGCAAAGCGCAUUCCAGGCUAUUAUCUCCGAGUUUAUCUCCGGCGACGUCACCGACGUUGAGCGCCGUGUCGUCACCGGCUCCCCAAACUCCGACGCCCACGACGACGCCGAUGCUCCAGGUGAUCUCUUCCAAUUCGGCUUCUUACACGCCCAAAUUGGCCGGCAUCCCCAGCGUAGCGGCGGCGUCUCGUUACACGGCGCCCGUUCACAUUGACGUCGGCGGGACCAUCUACACGUCGUCGCUGGAAACGCUCACGACGAGAUUCGGCGAGUCGCGACUGGCCAAAAUGUUCAACGGCGGCAUCCCCAUCGUCCUGGACAGUUUGAAGCAGCACUACUUUAUCGAUAGGGACGGCCAGAUGUUCCGGCACGUCCUCAAUUUCGUCCGCAACGGAAGACUACUCCUCCCGGACGAUUUUGCCGAUGUGGAACUUUUACUGGAAGAGGCCAAAUAUUACGACAUCAUCCCCAUGGUGAAAGCGUUGGAAAUGUUGCGGAUGGAAAGACGGACGCGGAAUGGACAGUACGGUGAUAAAUUGUACAACAGCCACCAGCACAACGGUCAUCCGGCAAUGCCGAGUUCCAGUCCGGUUUCGGGGUCCCGUUGUUCGCCCGUUUCUGGCGGGAUGAGCGUGACUGGUGGCGUCCGGUUACGUUCGGCUGUUUCAUCCAGCAACCGGAUGGAUCACCAGCAAAAUUCACCCGGCGGAGGCAGUAGCAACGAAGGCGGUGGCGGAGCUCCAGGUGUGGCCGGUUUGACGUGCCGGAAGGAUUUGAUAGCCGAAGAUUCCGGUUCGCCCGGAGAUGAUUGCAACAGCCGCUUGGGUUGGGAGUGUCUAGCCCUGUACGUCAGUCCCGAUUUGGGCGAGAGGAUCAUGUUAUCCGGCGACCGGAAUUUGGUGGAAGAAAUUUUUCCGGAAAUCGCCACGCCUCUGAUGGAUGGCCGAUCCAGCGUGGCUUGGAAUCAGGACCCUCGGCACGUCAUCCGCUUCCCGCUCAACGGCUACUGCAAGUUGAACUCGAUGCAGGCGAUCACGCGUUUGUUGAACGCCAAUUUCAGCAUCGCUGCAUCCAACGGCGGCGGAGUUGAAGGCCAGCAAUUCUCCGAGUACCUUUUCAUCCGCAAAGCUGUUCCCCUUUGAUUUCAAAUGAAUCACACGAAAUCUACAUUAAACCUUAUUGUAUAAGAAAAGCCGCACCCCCCAUCAGCACAUCCCAUUAUUAUCAAUUCCGCAGUGUUAGAAUUAAAAUUAAAAUGUUUGUGUCAUUUUGUUUUGUGUUAAUUUUGUUUUGGUUUUUGAGCCAAUCAUUUAAUUCUUCGCGGAAUUAAAUCCAGAAAAACUCGAUUUGAUAUUAUUUCACAAUGUUUCACGUUUCAGGUAUUGUCCAUGUAUACAAUCGAAAUGUCAAUUGCUGCUUAAAUAAUAUGUAGGAAACUUCAAUUCAGUUGAUUGCUGCGAUGCAUAAAGUGAGAGUCUAACUCGA